GAAUCAACCCUUGUAGUAGUUCCAUGUUUCAAAGACAUCAGCACAGACGUGUGUCCAAAGCUGCAGGAUGGAUUAAACGGUGUGAUGGACGUGCUGUCCCGACUGUCCAAGCUGCUGUGUGAGGACCUGGACAAGGCAGUGAGCACGGCUGUGGGACAGGACCAUGACAGCUCCCCUCAGGACAAGAGGCCAGUUUUAGCUGUGGUUCCCAGUGCUGCAGCUGUAAGCGUCCCUGGUAGGAACGAAGGCCUCAGUGCAUACCGAUGCUGUCUGACCUUUGACCCUCGAACAGCCAAUGGUCACCUGGUUCUGUCACAGGACAACCAGAGGGCAGAGCACCUGACCUCUGGACCUCAUCCUGUCCCUGCCCACCAGGCUCGCUUUGACCACACCUGGCAGGUGCUCUGCUCUCAGGGCUUCACUACAGGACAGCACUACUGGGAGCUGGACGUGUCCAAACCCUGGGCCUACCUGGGGGUGACCUAUGAGAGCAUCCCCAGGAAGGAGAAGGGCAAGCGAUGCAUGGUGGGGAUGAAYGAGCUGUCCUGGAGCCUGCAGCUGGACGAGCACCAGCUGUGCGCCUGGCACAACGGUCAGCGGGAGACCCUGAGCGGCUCGUCCCACCACAGCCGUAUCGGCAUGCUGCUGGACUACGAGGCUGGGACCCUCACCUACUACGGAGACGGACAGAGCCGUCUGCACGCCUUCCACUGCGCCUUCAGCCAGGAGCUGUUCCCCGCCUGCUGGAUAGGAGAGGGGGUCAGCAUCACGCUGUGCUCCACGGCCCACUUCUGAACACUUCUGCCCUGGUCAGAGGACCUUUACUCCUCCUCACCACUUGGUGGUGAUAGACUCUGUAACAGACUCACAAUCUGCUUCACACAGCUGCAUUCUGAACUCUUCCAUGUUAGGUAGUCAUUAAAGACACACAUGUUCAGUUACUUAGUAACACACUGGCUUGUUUUGAUUGUUCAGUCUGCUGCAGUAGAGCUCAUUUUAUGGUAUUAAUGUAACAACAUGUAGUUUUAUCAGGUUGUAARGUGAUUCCACUCCAACAGUAACAGGUUGUAUCAUGUCAUGAAUAAAUCAAGUGUAAAACGGUCCCUCCCAGCUUCAGUGUGUUGUUGUUCAUGUGUAGGACUGUGUGUCACACAUGRCUCGUUCACACAACAGUCUCACCUGGCUUCACAAAGGUCAUCACACCUGUGGCUGCUUUCCUUCUUACAUCCUAUUAAAACUUAGUUUUCCACAAACUGGUUCCAUUUCAGCUGUUUUUGUAAAAAAAUAAAUAAAGACMUGAUGACACUAA